CUCCAAGCGGUCCUCCAUUAAACAUCAAAACCUCAUCAAGAAGUGCAUCAUCAUUGUCUUUCACCUGGGAUCCUCCUGAGAAAGAUAAACAAAAUGGCGUCAUUAUCAGUUAUACUGCGUGUGUUUCACAUUCAGAAAAUGGCCCUUGCUUCAAAAUAUAUAUCACAAGUGAAAGAGAGUGGAUUGUCAGAAAUUUGAACGUAUCAACAAAAUAUUAUGUCCGUGUUCUUUCCAGUAAUAAAGUUGGAAGUAGUGCUUACAGUCAAAGUGAAGGAUUUUUUACGAAUGGAAGUAAGUACAACCUGCACAUUUAGAUAUUGUCUGUUGUGACGAAAACGUCUAUUCACAAUAAAAUUCUAGCUAUCGACUAAUUUUUUAUCUAGACAAAAAAGACGAAAUAUAUAAUUUUAGCUCAAAAGAGCAUCCUAAAAUUAGUAAAGUUGCAAAGUUUGGUUGCGAAAUGUUGUAAAAUACUAACGGAAAAUAUAGCCAUGUGAAAUUAGCAAAUUUUCAGUAUUUUAGUAUUACACGCGGUAAAAAUAACCAUUUUUAGCCGAAAGUGUUGAAAAUGUGCUAAUUUCACAGGGACAUAUUUUUUUUCCGUAUUUUACAACAUUUCGCAAUUUUACAAAUUUUAGGAUGCUCUUUUGAGCUAUAAUAGACCUUAUUCAUAAAUCGUGAUGAGGCCUCGUAUCCCAGGAAACGGGAACAAAACGCGGGAAAAUUGACAAAAUGUUUUUUCUGCUGUCGGCUAUGGCAGCUUUUUUUCGUGAAUAUUACGGCUUUUUUCAAAAAUAUAUCUAUAAAACUGAGCUUGAAAGUUGAAAAAAAUACUUCUGAGAAAAUAUAACAUGAUAUUUAAAGCAAAAGAUGCUGGAGUCAAUCGAAAAAGGAAACCUUUGACUUUGUAUUAUUGUCGUAGUUUGUAUCGAGGUUUGUAUGGCCGAAACAAACAACCAACAAGGCUACAAAACGUCUAUACAACACCAAAAUCGUAAGAAAUAUGAAACAAUUGUUGAAGAAAUAAGAUUACAACUCACUCAGGUAAUGUAGCCUUCAUUUUUUAAACUUGUAAGCUGCUUGCAGAAUGUUAUCGAGCCACAGUCAUUAGUUCAUAUUUUUCCGUACGAAUCAAUAACAUUUGACGUUCUCUUGUGAUUUUUGACUGUUAUUUUCUUUCAUAUUUAUGUCAAAUUCGAAAAAUUAUACUUCCAUUCCAUAGUUGUCUUGAUUCUUCACGGAAUAAACCUUUAUAUUGACGUUAAAAUCUCAGUAAAAUACUGUGUUUCGCUUCUGGAUAAACACCAUCGCUACGUUGUAAUUUUUUUCACGCAAAAACGGGAGAAAAACCGGUCGCUUUUAUAAUAUACUCGUUUACCGCUUUCGUUGUGGGCACAAAGUCUUAAAAUACACACAAAAAUCGUUAUAAAUCGCAAAAAGCAACAAGAAACAAGCCGUUAAAGUCGACACAAUAGCAUCUGAAUUUGGCUUGUCAAGCAGUUUUCACUUGUUUUCCCGCGUUUUGUUCCCGUAUCCUAGGAUACGAGGCCUCGUCACGAUUUAUGAAUAAGGUCUAUGAUAUAUUUCGUCUUUCUUGUCUAGAAAAAAAUUAGUCGAUGGCUGGAAUUGUCUAUUUCAUGUUUUCCUACUUUUAUGCAGUUCAAAAACCCUACACAGAACUUCGUUAUGGCAAUACAUUUUACUCAUUAAUAUUUUCCUCGAUCCAGGAGCAGGAAAGAAGGCCACAGAAAUGACGCCAAGUACGCUAACAUUUUCGUUGGAAAUUCCAUCAAAAACGUUUGUGUAAGUUUACCGACUUUCUCAUGGUAACAUUAAAGUCUAGCUUCCGUGGUCCAUAUCUUGUUGUUGUGUAUACUGGAUGCAAAUUAUUUUUAAUUUUCAUUGCAUACAUAAGUCAACUCUCUGUUACAUCGAUCGCAUUCACAUAAUCGCCAUCAUCAUGACCGAAUAGAAACUGAGCUUCCAUUAAGAUUAGUCUUAGAUAUUAGGUAGGUAUUAUUUGGAUCUAUUAUUAACGGUUGUUAUAUUUGAAGUAAGAAGGUAAACUUUUGUUUGUAGUUAUUUCUACGUGGUGGCUUUGAAAUUAAAAGACGGCAAGAAACCUACAUCAUUUGAUAGUUACCAGAACAACGAGCUAGUGACGUAUGCGGAGGCAAUAAAAUCAACCAAUUCGAAACCUUAUAUCGCUGCAGUUGUUGCAUCCAGCGGAGUUUAUGAAAACAUGUUUAUACUUGGUGAUGGCAGAAAUACAAGUAAUCCAACAUCACGAAAACGCAGAUCAACCACGAGUGAUUAUUAUAAUGGCCCGCUGGAACCUGGCACUAGUUACAGUAUCUUUCAAAGGAUUGUACUCAAUGACAAGGUACAUAUGGUACUUGUUGGUUAUCACACUUUAAAAGUCAAGCUUUCCUUGUCUAUUUGCUUGAAAAAGAAAACCUCCGACAUUAGCCAGGAUAACUUAAACUACCUAUAG